CGUAGAGCAGCAAUUUUCACUUGCAGUCCACGAAAAUAACCAAGAGAAACGUCGAACAAUUAUUCUUCGAUCUUUUUGUCACAUCCUCUCAGGCGAAGCCUGCAACACGUAUUUAAUUCUUGUUUUCAAAACCCUAAAGAAGUUAUAGUUCUGGGGUUAAAUGGCGAUUACUUCUUCCCUGCUCGGAAUACUUCGCACUGGCCGUGUCCUCCGUUCUUCCUCUUUUCCUACCAAUCCCAGACUGAUUUGUAAGCUUAAUACAUCAUGGACGAGUUCUCCGUCGGUUAAAAAGAUGUCAAGUUUGGCCGAGAGACUGUUCAGCUCAAAACCCAUAGGGAACUAUAUAACUGCAAAUGUACAGGGCACAAAUAAGGAUCACAAUGUCACCAUCCCAGAAGAGUCAGGAUUCAGUUUCAAGAUUAUUGAGACACAUAAUGGAGAUGCGUUGAUUAAGAGUGAUGACACCGGACACCUGUAUUCAAUUAGUCAUAUCGGUCCCUACAUUUUUACGAACUUAAAAAACUACGCAGAGACUUCCUUUGGGCGAACACUUUCUAGAGCUGUGAUCAGGGUUCCUUCAUACUUCAAUUAUGCUCAAAGACGAGCAACUAAAGAUGCAGCUAUUAAGGCAGGCUUAGAGGUAGAUAGGAUUGUUACAGAUGACCCACCUGCAUAUGCUUUAUUUCGGAAUGAUGAGAAUCAUAUAGCAGUUCUGGAUCUUAGUGCCGGAAAUUUUGAUCUUUGUAUCAAGGAACAAGCAACUAGCAGGGGCUCUGAUGACAAUCUGUUGGAAUUUAUUGUGAGAGAGUUAAAGAAAACUCAUGGAUUUGACGUUCGAGAGGAUCCAUUAAUUCUGAAAAGGCUCGAGGAAGCAAUUGAAAAGGCAUCGAUCCCCAAGGCUGGUAUCAAGCUUAACAUACCAAGUAUUCAAGGUAAAGCUGAAAGGUUAAUGACAAUCAAAUGGGCUUAAACGUAAGAAACAAUCAUGUAUAUAUGAAGUAUUUUGUGGGAUUAAGUUUUUCCUAUGAAUGCAAGAAAUGUAUAUGGCGCAUUCAGUCGAGUGAAUCAGAUAAAAAUUUUGGUUUCUGUUGUAUAUCUUUAUUACCAUGUAAAUAUGUCUCUGGAAAAAGACAAUGCUUUCUAAACUUGUAAGAAAAGGGAGAGUUAGAAAAUGGUAUUUAUUUCUUCUUGUCUGGCUUUACUUCUAAAAUUUCACUUGGGAGUUGGGACUUCAUCAUGUAAAAUUAAUUUCACUGUCUGAUUCUUCCUCUCUUUCUUAUGAAAUUGUAAGUUUCUUUA